GCCCUAUGAAUCCCAUGACACAGUUGUACUACAAGAAGGCGACGUACUCGCCGUACCGCGACCGCAUCCCGCUUCAGAUCGUCCGGGCGGAGGUGGAGCUGUCCGCGGAGGAGAGGGCCUACCUCACCGCUGUGGAGAAAGGUGACUAUGCGGGUGUCAAGCAUGCCCUGCGCGAGGCGGAGGUCUACUACAACAUGGACGUGAACUGUCUGGACCCGCUGGGCCGCAGCGCGCUCCUCAUCGCCAUCGAGAACGAGAACCUGGAGAUCAUGGAGCUCCUGCUCGACCAUGGCAUCCACACUGGCGACGCCCUGCUCUACGCCAUCAGGAAGGAGGUGGUGGGCGCCGUGGAGCUGCUGCUGUCGCACAGGAGGCCCAGCGGCGAGAAACAGGUUCCCUCGCUGAUGAUGGACAGUCAGUUUUCAGAGUUCACCCCGGACAUAACUCCCAUCAUGCUCGCUGCUCACACCAACAACUACGAGAUCAUCAAGCUCCUCGUCCAGCGGAAGGUCACCAUUCCCAGACCACACCAGAUACGAUGUGAUUGUGUCGAGUGUGUUUCCAGUUCAGAGGUCGACAGUCUUCGACAUUCCAGGUCUCGACUCAACAUCUACAAGGCUCUGGCCUCGCCCUCCCUCAUCGCGCUUUCCAGUGAAGAUCCCAUCCUCACUGCCUUCAGACUGGGCUGGGAACUCAAAGAGCUCAGCAAGGUGGAGAACGAGUUUCGUCAGGAGUACGAGGAGCUGUCGCAGCAGUGCAAGCGGUUCGCCAAAGACCUUCUGGACCAAGCCAGGAGUUCUAGAGAGCUGGAAACCAUCCUGAACCACAGAGACAAUGACCAGAGCGAGGAACUGGACCCCAGGCAGUGCCACGACCUGGCCAAGCUCAAACUGGCCAUCAAAUACCACCAAAAAGAGUUUGUGGCCCAGCCCAACUGCCAGCAGCUGCUGGCCACGCUGUGGUACGACGGCUUCCCGGGCUGGAGGAGACGGCACUGGGCGGUCAAACUGGUCACCUGCUUCAUCAUUGGACUCCUGUUUCCUUUCUUCUCACUGAUCUACCUGUUGGCGCCAAAGAGCGCUCUGGGGCGCUUCAUCAAGAAGCCUUUCAUCAAGUUCAUCUGUCACACGGCGUCCUACCUGACCUUCCUCUUCCUCCUGCUGCUGGCCUCGCAGCACAUCGCCCGGACCAACCUGCACAUGCAGGGACCCCCGCCCACCCUCGUCGAGUGGAUGAUUCUCCCGUGGGUAGUGGGGUUCAUCUGGGCAGAGAUUAAGGAGAUGUGGGACGGGGGAUUCACAGAGUACAUCCACGACUGGUGGAACCUGAUGGACUUCGCUAUGAACUCCCUCUACCUGGCCACCAUAUCACUGAAGAUAGUGGCCUACGUGAAGUAUAACUCCUCUCGACCCAGGGAGGAGUGGGAGAUGUGGCACCCCACGCUGAUAGCCGAGGCUCUGUUCGCCAUCGCCAACAUCUUCAGCUCGCUCAGACUCAUCUCCCUCUUUACAGCCAACUCCCACCUCGGGCCACUGCAGAUCUCACUGGGCAGGAUGCUGCUGGACAUCCUCAAGUUCCUCUUCAUUUACUGUCUGGUCCUGCUGGCGUUUGCCAAUGGUCUGAACCAGCUGUAUUUCUACUAUGAGACCAAGGCCUCAGAAGAACCCAACAACUGCAAGGGCAUCCGCUGUGAGAGGCAGAACAACGCCUUCUCAACGUUAUUCGAGACCCUCCAGUCUCUGUUCUGGUCGAUAUUCGGGCUGCUGAAUCUGUACGUGACCAACGUGAAGGCCCGCCACGAGUUCACAGAGUUCGUCGGGGCGACCAUGUUCGGGACGUACAACGUCAUCUCGCUGGUGGUCCUGCUCAACAUGCUCAUCGCCAUGAUGAACAACUCCUACCAGCUCAUCGCUCAACAUUUGGACCACGCCGACAUCGAGUGGAAGUUUGCCCGCACCAAGUUGUGGAUGAGCUACUUCGACGAGGGCGGCACGCUGCCGCCUCCGUUCAACAUCAUCCCCAGCCCCAAGUCCAUCCUCUACCUGCUCGUGUGGCUCCACAACAAGCUGUGCAGAAGAGGCCAUGCGCCCGGGGAGGAAACACACAAAUGUGAAAACCUCCGAGAGUUCACGGAACGCCACGCUGACAGUCUGAUACAGAACCAGCAUUACCAGGAAGUGAUCCGGAGCCUGGUGAAGAGGUACGUGGCAGCCAUGAUCCGCAGCGCCAAGACGGACGAGGGACUAACGGAGGAGAACUUUAAGGAGUUGAAGCAAGACAUCUCCAGUUUCCGCUACGAGGUCCUGGAUCUCCUAGGCAACCGGCGGCCUCCCCGGCGACACUACUCCUCCUCCAGUGAGGCAGCUCGAGACGACGGCGCCAUGGCAUCGGAGGACGACAGCGAGUCGGGCGACGGCGGCAGCGGAUGCCCGAGGUCAAAGAGCGUGACGUUCGUGACCCCGGGGGAGGGCGAAGCGGGGUCACCAACGCUUGGCGUGUCCGCCCUGGUGCGCUCAAUUUCUGGGCUGACCCGGACAGAUAGAGAGGGAGAGGGAGAAGGGGAGGAGGAGGAGGAGGAGGAGCUGGAGGAGGGCGUUGGAUGGGGGAAAGAGGAGGAGGACGAGGAGGGGAAACCAAAGAGCAACGGGCUGAAGACGAGCGUCAUCACUCCAUCCUCCUCCUCCACCACCAGCCUUCCCUGCCCGUCUUCAUCCUUCUCCUCGUCCUUCUCCUCGUCGUUUGCUCGCACCAGGACCCGCCUGCAGCGCCUCUCGGCUCCGGGAUCAAAGACGGACUCUUUCAAGCGCCUCUCCUACCUGUUCUCGCGCUCCAAACGCAGAUCCCCGCCCAUGCCUCUCCCGCUCCAGUCCCCGCCCUCCUACACCAUCUCCGACGGGUUGCUCCGCCCCCUGGGCAGCUCUCACUCCGACUUCGGACUCAGCGGCGUGACCCGAAGCGAGACCCGCCUGAACGAGGUGGGCCGCUCGGUCGACGUCAGUAACCCUUCGUUAUCCCCGCGGAGAGCGAACGGGCGGGACUCGCUCCUGGCUCUGCCCCUCCCGCCCCCGUGCCCCUGCCAGUCCCUACACUGUGCUUCCAACAUGUCCGAGUCCAGCUCGCGCCUCCUGGACUCCAGCGAGGACAUUUUCCAGGGAGGCGCGGGAGGAGUGGGCGAGGGCGACGUGGACGGAGGAGGGGCAAGAAGAGGAGGAGGGCUGAUGAUGAUUGGCGGGUAUAUGGGACCCUGCGACGAUGUCACAGAGGACAGCUGUGAGGUCAUAGAGGACUCCGUCACCACGCAGCUAUAGGAGAGAAGGACAACCAAACUGUUUUUCUUUGUUUUGCAGAAUGGCUGAACAAGUUCAGAGGGGGAGAGACAGAGAGAGGGGGGGGGGGGGGCGGAGGGGUAUCAGUGAUGGUUCUGGUGACUCGAGCCAGGACAGAAGAGAUCCGGACAGACAGUUUGACAUCAUCUGGUUGGAAGAUGGCAGGGACACAUCAUUGUCCACUCUCAGUUUGAAAAGAAUGCCCGUCACUAGCUAUACAGAGUGGGCUAGCUAGCUAGAGAGCGAGAGAGCUACCAAAGUAACCCGCCAGUCAGUGGUAACUUCAGAGUGGUUUUCAAGCCACUCAGAUGAUCUUACUCAGUGAGAUUCAUUACUUUUAUUUACUGUAAAACCCGGAUUGAGAACGAUUUAAAAUGAGUUGCCAUGUUGUUAGACGCACUGCAUACUGUCUGUUCCCCUGAGCCUUUCCUGCUUUAGGCUUCACGUGCCGAUACCAUCACACCCGCAGAUAGUCUCUGGGAAGGUUUUACGCUCAGUAUAAACCCCGUAGUUCAAAAUUUCUUAACACUAAGAGUAACAAUUGUCUUUUACAUGUCUCCUUUGUUAGUCAUAAAACCACAGCAAACUGUCUUUAUCAGCGUCUGCCAUUUUCCACGCAUGGCACAAGAGAAGAACAGAGGAGAUUUAAAAGGGUACAAAUGCGUCCUCUUUUCUCUGGGAGAUGCAAACAGGCAUGAAUAUUACGGAAUUAUGAGGAGACCAAAGUGACUGUUCAGAAGGGAAAUAUCGUCAAUAGUCCCUGUCUUGGUUUUCUGAACACAUGAUUUCUUCUUUCCCUUUAAACAAACUUCAAAUCUGCGGCGGAAUAACAAUGGAAUUAAAUCCUCUUAAAACCACAGGGAUUUAAACGGAGCUACCUUGAACCUCGGUUCACUUCACCUUCAGCCAAAUGGAAUGAGUCCCACUGGAAUAACGUCCCCUUUAACUGUGGAAUUUGAUGGAUUUAACCGAAUCGCUGGGCUGAAAGGGAACGACAUGGAACCAUUGCUCUGCUGCACCCUCUCUCUCUGCAUCAACAAGGGCCAAGGAACUUUAUUUUAUCCUAAUAUCAGUUAUACUAGUAAUAAUAAUAACGAUAAUAAUAAUAAUAAGAGACUUCUAAUAAUGAGGACUAUUCUGGUUUCUAAAGACUGUCUUUGCUUCUAUUUGAGUUGCCUGCGAUAUCCUGGCUUCUCGUUCAGCUCUUCCUUAAUACGUACACUUUAACCUGAUGAAUACAAAUAUACAGUGAUAUUUAUUGUGAGGAGGAGGGAUGAUGGAUGUGUGAAUGCGUGGAAAGGAGAGAAAAAAGGAGGACAGAGGAAAGGAGGACUUACUGGAGGUAAGGACAAAAGGGAAGAAGAGGAAUUAAGGACAGAUUGAGUGGACAGAGUGAAUGAGGAGCAGACGGAGAGAGCAGAAGCGCAUUUGCCUUUGUAUCUGGGAAAUCUGUUUAAAAAAGGGAAAUUUCACCAGAAUUUCAUCAUGAUUUUUUCUCUCUCUCUCUCUCUCUCUCUCUCUCUCUCUCUCUCUCUCCUCUCCUCUCUCUCUCUCUCUCUUGAAGUCGCUCGGCGCUGCGACUUCAAAAAGUUGGCAUGAGCAGAGGCUUUUGAAUUUUACUCGAUUAUUGUGUCAGAGGCAAAAAUAGAGAAGUUAUGCAUGUUUGAUCAACAAAAACCCCGUUACCUGCAACACACACACACACACACACACACACACACACAUAUAUAUAUUUAUACAAACACACACUUGGGAUAUCAGCUUGUGUGAUGAGUAGCUCCUGGCCAAAUGUCUUGCCCUUUAUGAGAUUUCUCCAGAGUCUCCCUCUUCUUUCUCUUUCUCUCAAUUAUUUUGCCUAUUUACUUUCUCCAUACCUUUCUUUCUUUUCCUUCACCAGACAAUCAACACAAACACACACACACACACACACACACACACACAGACACACACACACACACACACACACGUAGACUCAGGCCUCCGGCAGACGCUGUGACCUCACCACCAGCUGUCUUGGCAUCAGCGGUGGCAGCAGAAGGUUUCAACCAUUUCCGACGAAUCAACAUCCCAAAAUGUCAAGGUGUAGCCAUGGAGACCCGAUUACACCGCUUGACAUCCUGUAAUUAUAGUGUCACGUCCAGAGCCAGAAAAUCAAGCGCUGCAUCCUAGCGUGGAUGCAGCAGUUGGUGAUGACACCAAUCUCUUUUUUAUUUUAUUUAACGAUCCAUUUCAUAUCCUUCUACAGCCGACCAGCAACCCGGAGCGACAGACAUCUAACGUUAACCCUUACUUUAACCACAACCAUUCCUCACCAGAAAAAGAAAAGAACUGUAAAAUGACCCACAGUACCUACCCCAUUUCCCUGAGGAACUCCAAAAAUUAGUAACAUUAUUUUCUUACCCACAGUUUCUUGACUAUCAUCUUUUUCCAACUUUAACCAAAGUUUUUGUGCCUAAACGAACCUUAAAGACCCCCUCCAGACACGUUUUAAACUAUGUAAAAAUACUCUACCAUGGUUAAUAAUUAGUUUAACAUGGUUUUCCAACAUAAAAAGU